UUUAAUCAAUAGAUGCGCGAAAUGCGAAUGACAAACACUCGCGACAAUCGCAUAUUUUCCUGGCGCUAGUGUUCUUCUCUCACAUAUUUAUGAUGAAUUAUAAUAUAAACACAACAUACGACCGUACACGAUUCUCUGAACAUCCGCUCGCAAUUCAUACCGAAAGUUUGUCUCUGAAAAAGCAAAAUAAGUGACUUGGAUUAAAUUGUAAUCAUGGCCAGUGCCUCUAGUGAACAAAGUAGCAUUGCUCAAAAAACAUGGGAAUUAGCAAACAACAUUGAAUCAAUUAAUACCAUUGAUGAUAUUUAUCGCUACGACAAAAAAGAGCAACAAGACAUCCUCACUGCAAAACCUUGGGAGAAAGAUCCUCACUUUUUUAAAGAUAUCAGGAUAUCUGCAUUAGCUUUAUUAAAAAUGGUUAUGCAUGCUCGUUCUGGUGGAACUUUAGAAGUAAUGGGUCUUCUGCUUGGUAAAGUUACUGCAAAUACAAUGCUGGUCAUGGACUCUUUUGCACUACCAGUGGAAGGAACUGAAACUCGUGUGAAUGCACAAGCUCAAGCUUAUGAAUAUAUGACUGCUUACAUUGAUGCUGCGAAACAAGUUGGGAGGCAAGAAAAUGCUAUUGGCUGGUAUCAUAGUCAUCCAGGAUAUGGGUGUUGGUUGUCUGGAAUAGAUGUGUCUACCCAAAUGUUGAAUCAAAAUUUUCAAGAACCGUUUGUUGCAAUUGUAAUUGAUCCUGUAAGAACUAUUUCAGCUGGAAAAGUUUGCUUAGGAGCUUUCAGAACAUAUCCAAAGGGUUAUAAACCAGCUAAUGAAGAACCUUCAGAAUAUCAAACAAUACCGUUGAAUAAAAUUGAAGAUUUUGGAGUUCAUUGUAAACAAUACUAUUCACUUGAAGUUACAUAUUUUAAAUCGUCAUUAGAUAGAAGGCUUCUUGAUUCAUUGUGGAAUAAGUAUUGGGUGAACACCCUAAGUUCCUCAAGUUUGUUAACAAAUACAGACUAUACAACUGGUCAAAUAUUUGAUUUAUCUGAUAAACUGGAACAAUCAGAGCAAGCUUUGUGUAGAGGUUUUGUUUUGGAAGGACCUUCACUAGAAACAGCUCAGGAUCGGGCAAAUGUUAAUAAGCUUGGGAAAGCUACAAAAGAUAGCAGUAAAACUACAAUAGAAGUUAUUCAUGGUUUGAUGGCACAAAUUAUUAAAGAUAGGCUUUUCAAUCAGGUUGGAUUAAGAAGCAUUAAGGAAGCUUCUACUGACAACUCAUAAUGUAACUUUAAAUUUUGUUAAGAAAUAAUAUGUAAGAUAAGAAAUAGAAUUAAAUAUAAUGCAACAUUUAAUGUGUAACUUUAGUAAUAAAAAAUUGUUCCAAUAAGAGAUUUUGAACGAUUUGCAUCUGUAUUAUUUUUUAUUCUCAAAAAACAAGUAUUUCAAUGGAAUAAAAAUACAUUUCAUCUUCA